AUGGCAGGCCCCUUGGCCAAGCGCUCCGAUGGCGCGGUGUCUCGGCGGCGAAGCUCAGCGGCAGGGCGCGGCAAGUCGGGCUCUAGCUACUUUUACACAGACGCCUCCUCGGUCCUCAAGCUCUCGCCGCAAGCGGUGAUUGUGGCAGCUAUUAGCUUUAUCGUGUUUGUCUUUGUCCUGCAUAUCUUCGGCAAGCUGCGCAGCUGA